AUGGAUGGUCAAGUCCCCUUGUGGAUUUCGACUCAGUUCAACCUUAAAUACUUGCAAUUAGCUGACAGCAAUCUUGUUGGAGAAAUUCCAUCUUGGGUUCUUGAUAUGAGACUUUACCACAUCAAUCUCACAGCAAAUCAUCUGCAAGGUGGCCUUUUGCUAAAUAGUUCGGCUUGGAAUGAAAUGGAGGUCGUGGAUGUGUCUAACAAUGCACUGUCUGGAAAGAUACCAUCAAUUUGGCAUCCUCAUAUAGCAGUACUGUUGCUCAACGACAAUUUUCUGACGGGAAAUAUUCCUUUAGGAUUACAGGGUAUUUCUUUGCUAGAGAUUUUAAAUUUGGCAAAUAACCAUUUGGAUGGAAUCAUCCCUCCAGGCUUAGCUAAUUGUUCCCAGCUUCAAAUAUUGAAUUUAGGGGAUAAUAAUUUUGGAGGAAUGAUUCCGUCCGAGUUUGGUAAGCUACGUAACCUGCAGUCACUAGUGAUAAAGAAUAACAAGUUGAGCGGAUCAUUUCCUCCCUCCAUAUCAAACUGUACAGAAUUAUAUUUUCUGGAUGUCGGGGAAAAUUUAUUGACAGGUCAGAUUCCAAAGUCAAUAGGAAACCUUUCAGAGCUGCGAGUCCUAGCAAUGAGGAAGAAUAAUUUUGAAGGUAGUCUUCCUGCAGAAAUGGGGCAACUGAAGCACCUCCAAAUCUUGGACCUUUCUUCAAAUCGUCUAUCAGGGUUUAUACCACGGGACAUUUUCAAUCUACAAUCAAUGUUGGUAGAUCCACACCAAGAAUUUAGCAUGGUUCAAAUGGAUCUAACUUUACAUAACUUGCUAUAUUACAAUUUUGUGUAUGAAAAUGGUUUAAAAAUGAAUUCCAAAGGCAGAGAUGAGGAUUACAAAUAUAUUUUCCCUGCCAUGGCAUCAUUGGACCUCUCAAACAAUCAAUUGAAUGGGGAUAUGCCUUCUGAUUUGGGAAAGUUGAAAGGGUUGAAGUUGCUCAAUCUUUCUAUGAACAAUCUCAAUGGUACUAUUCCAACUAGUAUUGCACAAAUGAGUUGGCUAGAAUCAUUAGACCUUUCCAAAAAUCAUUUUUUUGGACAAAUUCCUUCAGAUCUUGGUUCUUUGAGCUACUUGGGAGCCCUUAACUUCUCCAACAACAACCUUUCCGGAAGUAUACCACAAGGAGGACACAUGACAACAUUUAGUAAAAAUUCAUAUUCAGGCAAUCCAAAUUUAUGGGGAUGUCCACUUCCCAAAAAAUGCUCUUGGCCAGAAUUUACUCCAGUGCCUCCUCCCAUUUCUACAUCAAUUAAUGAAGAAGAGCAGAGUGGAGAAAGUGUAUGGUAUCAGAUUGGAGUGGGAUUGUCAUAUGGAGUAGGUUUUGCAAUAGUGGUGUUAUUUAUUGUAUUAAAAAGGAAAUGGGGGCAGAAAUACUUUGGGAGAGUUGAUAUGGCCUUGAAAUUUGUUUUUCUAUGGUUUCAUAAUUUGACAUUAUGA